AUGUUUUCAACCAAGAGAAUACUUGCAUUUUUCUUGAUCUUGUUGGUGUUGGUGGUGCUCAUGGUUCAUGCACAACAACCACCUGAACCACAGGAUUCCACUACUCCACCUACUAACGAACCGCCAGAACCACAAGAAUCCGUUACACCUGAACCAUCUGAACAACCAGAACCCGAACCAUCUGAGCAGCCACAACCAGAACCUCAGGAAUCUAUUACACCUGAACCUUCUGAGCAGCCACAACCUGAACCAUCUGAACAACCAGAACCAGAACCUUCAGGGGAACAACCAGAGCCACAAGAGUCAUUGACACCAGAGCCUUCUACUCCACCAGAACCACAAGAAUCCAUUACACCUGAACCAUCUGAACAACCUGAACCUGAACCAUCUGAGCAGCCACAACCAGAACCUCAGGAAUCUAUUACACCUGAACCAUCGACGCCACCUGAACCUUCUGAACAACCUGAACCUGAACCUUCUGAGCAGCAACAACCAGAACCACAAGAAUCAUUAACACCAGAAGAGUCAAGCAGUGUGCCUCCAACACCUGAACCUUCAGGAGAACAACCAGAACCACAAGAAUCACUCUCUAAAGAGCAAACUACUGCAGCUUCCCAACAGUCUGGCACCACAACAACACCCUCCCUUCCCUCCCAUAAUAUUUAG